UUGCCAGUGACCUGUCCCUCGACAUGUCCUUGGUUUUCAAAGCUGUAGUACUCUGUGUAAACACGUUUUAUGUCAAUAAUUGUACAGGAACUAGUAGGAGUUUAAAUGGGGAAAUCACCAUUUUUAUCUGGGCGGACAUUCGGACGCUAGAGACACAAACAACAGAUCUCCGGGGAUAAAGAUCACCUGUUCGGCCAGAAGAGUAACUCACCCCCUCGCAUGCGGGCACAGCACACUCGGUGAAGAACCCAACCAUGUAUCACAGAUUCUGGUCUUACUUGGUCUAUCUUUACGGCUUGGUUGCACAGACUAUUUGGCGAUGCGAAGAGCCAGCAAAAAUGUCAGCGGGCGGUUUAAACACAGCCGAGUAUUUCGGAUCCUGGUAUUUCAUCGCUGCAGCAGGAGAAAGUGAUUCCGACGUUCAAAUGUUCAAGUCUAUGGACAAUACCCUUUUUGACCUGCAGGGGGCGAACAUUCCUGAACGACUCGUACUGCAGGGAGCAAUCAAAGUCGGGAAUCAUUGUAUUAAAAGAAACUGGGUGUACUACAUUCACCGUUACAGAGACGACAUGGAACUGGAAGGUCGUCCUCUAAUGAAAGUUUACAUCUUUGAGUCGGAUUGCAAGGACUGCAUCAUCAUGAUGGAGAUGCAGGAUGAGGGAGAACAUCAGUUUAAAAGGAUGAUGCUCUAUGCACGCAAUGCCACCUUGUCCUCUGAACAUAUCGAACAUUUCCAGAAGAAAGCAGCUUGUGUGGGGAUGAAGGAAUUCAUGGUGUUACCGCAGGAGAAAGAGUACUGCUUGAUUGAACCUCACAGCUAAAGAAGAUCCUCGUGUUUACCAGAUGUUACGACACAGUGGCCUGGCUUUCCAAAUCAAAAGUGACAGAAAAGCUUUUCUUUUCUAUAUUUAUGACCCGCCCUGCAGUGACACUGACAAUUAUUCAGAACAUUGCCAAACUUUCCACAUCCGUAGUUCUAAAGUUCAACUCAAGUUUUCAAGGUUAAAGUGGCCCAAUCUUUUCCUUGUCAUGGUGCUUGCUUAACAGUAAAUAAAGAGAUCAGAAAACA